AUGGCCUCACUGAUUCGUGGUUUCAUCGUUCUGCUUUCAGCCAUAAGGACAGAUCUAAGUCUGCUGCUUGAGUGUCUGAAGUUUCAGAUGAAAUGUCCUGAUUUGCAGAAACAAGCUCUUCUCACCAUUCACUCAAUCUGUGACAAAAGAGAGGACAAUGUGGACCUGCUGAGAGAGAUGGGAGGUGUGGUAUUUGUAUACAACCUCGCCAAAUCCAGUAUGGUUCGUUCAGAUGUUAAGGAGACUGCACUCUUUACACUUGGCACGUUAGCCGAGGUCAAUGUGUAUUGCAAGAACUCUCUGUGCACAAAGGCGACAUUUGCAGACCUUGCUGGAUGGUUGAUGAAAGACGACAUCCCUCUGACACUGAAGAGAGUGUCUGUCUAUUUGCUGUCUGUGUUGGUAGCAAACAACAAAUCAGGACAGACUUUAGGCCAAACUACUGGCUGCCUGGAUAUACUACUGGCCCUUUUCAGGACCACUUCCCCUCUCUCCACAGAGGCCUCAUUGAGAGCAGUUGAUGCUACUCAAACCCUCCAACUCUGGGCGUCUGUGUCCAGUGCUCUGUGUGGAUUUGUCAACAACCCUCAGAAUGAGGAGGGUCAGCGGAUUUGUGUCUCAGUGUUUCCCAUUAUAAAAGUCUGGCUUCAGCAGAUUGAAAUGCCACGCACUGAGAUUUUUCAACCCAUAUGUUCCUUCAUAGCAAUGACAGUUGCCAACAACUCCUGUGUUCAGGAGAGUUUUGCUGCCUCAGGUGGUCUGGAUACUCUCACUCUUGCGCUGGUUCAUCUGGCCUCUGUGGCAGACACAAGCUUGUUGUCUUGCCAGCUUUCUGUCAUUAUAUCCAAGACCCUGUCAGCUUGCAUCACAGAGAACUCUCCUCUGGCCUCAGGUCUGGCCCAGUAUGGUGUGGUUUCCCACCUCUUCUCCCUGCUGGUUAGCCCACACUUGGACCCUGAGGACAGGCUCUCUGUUUUAGUCGCCCUGGGCCACUGCACCGAGGCCUCUGAGGAGCACCAGUCUCAGUUGGUGCAGUGUGGAGGCCUGCCCCUGAUCAUAACCCUUCUCACAGAGGAUACAAGUGAGGAGGUUAGGAAGACUGCUACAUUCAUACUGCAGACCUGCAAACAGGCCACCAUGUCCUUGGGUGAGCCCGGUCUAAUAGCGAGACAGGGGGAGAGUGAAAAUGUGGAGCCUCUUCCAAACUUUGACGGCUUUAGGAGCUCAGCCAGAGAGCUGCUGCGCAGAAUUGACCAGCUAGAGAAGAGACAGGCAAAGGAUGCUGAGGAUGAACAGGAGGACAUGGAGCCAUUAGCUUUGACUGGCCAGCCGUCUCUGCUCCCAGCAGCAGCUCUGCCUCUGCAGCUCAAGGAGAAAAUAAUAACAAUUCCCACAGCAUGUACACAGAACAGCACUCUUAAGCAUGUAGAAGCAGGGGGUGGCAGCAGCAUUAGACUUGAAGCUGUCAGCAGUGUGAUCAAGAAUGACAAUGAACUGACGCUAGUGAGCUCCAAUUUGGGUGUGCAGGAAGAGAGGGCAAAAACCAGUGGAGGGGGUGUGUGGUGCUCAGCGUGCAAGGGUACUGGAUCCCUAAUGCCUUCCCACCUGCAGUCACAAGAGGGAGGCAGAGAGCCUCACACGGAAGACAAUCAGCUGUUUAGGCCUCCAGCACCAGUGAGACACAGUGUACCAAAAGAAAUCAUAUGUACUGAUGAAGAUGAAAUGCAAGAUCAUGAGAUGAGUAAAGAGGGGGAAAAUCCAGUUGAGGAGCACUCACUCUCUCAUAUCCGCUGUGCAGGUUGUGUGCUGACUUUUGAGGAAGUGACCAGUCACAAUUUUGAGUUUCUUCUAAGCUCCUGCCAACGCAGCUGUGACAUGCACAGGGUUCUCCAGGAGGCCACAGAGCGGUUCAGGGCGCGUCAUUGCAACCCUCUGUUUGGGAGAGAGCACCAAGACGACCCAGACUCUGAGAGAGUUUCAGCUGCAGAGCCACAGAGAAGCAGGGAAAACAGGAGAGAGGUCAGUCUGACUCCUAAACGUAAAGGAGCAGGGAGAGGCUCCCUGCCAGAAAACCACUGGAAGAAGCACAAUGGCAUCACUUUGACUCCAAUGUGCAGAGAAUCUAAAAAGGACACAUCGACUUCUUAUAACAAGACUGGUUCAGGCUUGAUUCUGCUGAAAAGGUCUCAUCCUCCUGAAGAGAGAAGAGGAGGGAAAAAUAGCAGAAAUCCAGCAAUUGAUGAUGAGCCAGGGACUAGCACAGAUCACAGUUCCACUAGAAGGAAGAGGAAAGAUUUCACCCGUGAGGAGGUGCGCUACCUAAAGUGUGGAGUGAACACUUACGGCUUCUCCUGGAACUCCAUCUUGUGGUCAUACCCCUUCCAGCCUGGACGCACCAAUGUUGACCUGGCUCAGAAAUACAGGCGGCUAAUGAAAGGUACAAACCAGGAUUCUGGCUGUUCAUAAUCCUGGUUCUGAGAGCCAAUGUAUGGCCACCUUUAAAUAACAGC